AUGGAUAAUCAGUAUGAGAGCCUUGAAAGAUUAAUCCUAUUUGUUUUCAAUUCACAUGAAUCAGCUAUAAUCUCAACAGACAAUAUAUACCAAUACAUUCAGGGAUUAACCUGCUCAAUUCGCAUUGACAAUGAUUGGACACCUUCUACCGCAAUAUCCAAGUGUCAAAUUGUUCAGGCCUUGCAAGAGUCAGACCGUUUCGUUCAUAUAAAUCGUUCAGCGUACGAUCGUUGGGCUUUGAGUCUCCAAUCCACACUUGCGAUCUCAGAUACAGCAUUAUUCGAUAUGAUAAACAGACUCCUCGUAGAAAACGGUCCUCUUUCCAUUACUCAAAUGACAGCUAUGGCCGAAAUUCCAGAUGUCGAUAGUCGAAAAUUGAUGAGGUUUUUCACAACCCACGCGGCAGAAUUUUCACCAACUCAUACCGGAACAUACUGGUUUAAGAACACACCGGAACCAGAAGUCCAAGAUUAUUGCUCUCUUGAUAACGCCAUAAACGCUGCACUUGGCAUCCUCAAAGAGGCACAUCCACAAACAAUAGCAAGAGCCUUAUGCCUUUCAACGGUUAGUGGUUCCAAAAUUACAGAAUCUGAUGUUUCAUAUCAACUCACUCAUAAUCCGGAUUUAUAUCAAGAAAUCCGUCCGAAUAUCUUCAGAGUUUCCAGAUUUAUGAAAUUCAGAUCAUCAUUUAAGUCCGAGUCGUCAGAAUCAGAAUCAACCUCAGUUGAAAGCAGCGAAGCUGUUUUCAAUCCAUACGAUUUCUUCAAUGAUCACAGUCCGAUUCGUUUUGCGCUUACAGUUUAA